AUGAGAAAAAAUGUGCCUAUGGCUCGACAGGCGUUUAUCGCAGCGAAGCCGAACGUGGGCGAAACAAUUAACAACUUUAUAACACGACUACAGAAGCUAGCAGAACACUGUGACUACGGCGAGGAACGUGAUAAUCAAGUAAGAGUUCAUGCUAUUUCUUACAUUAAAGAUAAGAACUUAAAAUCGAAGUUAUAUCGUGAAGAAACAUUGACUUUAAACAAACUUAUGGAAAUAGUCGGCGAGUAUCAUGACCAAGAGGCGUUAAUCCUUUUGUCUGAUCGAGUAAACAACAUUCAAAUUAGUUCAAAGAACAAAGGACGGUGUUGGCGUUGCGACAAGGCGGGACAUUACGCAAGAGAAUGUCGAAGCUCGCGAGACCACAAGUGUGGAAAGUGCGGUAAAGUUGGGCAUUUCGAAGUCUGCUGCCAUUCAAGAAGCAAGCAACCCGAAACACGUCAAGGCACAAUAAUCAAAGUCCUCGUGUUGGUGGAAAUCGAGGAAGAAACAAGAAAAGAUCGGAUGUGCGUCAAGUUACAGAUGGUGGGCCGGAAAAGCAAGAGCCGGAAAAGCAAGCAUACGACGGAGACUAUUACCACGUGUUCAGCGUUGAAGACAUAGAUGAAGAGAACUUUCUGGAAUUGAAGAUUGAAGAUAAGUUUGUUAAAAUUGUUAUUGACUCUGGUGCUAGCUGUAACUUAAUCUCGCAUGAAAUGCUAGAUUUCAUUACGGGGGGUAAAGUGAAUUUAUCGCCUUGUGAUAAGAAAAUUUAUGCUUACGCAGCGGUUAAUCCGUUAGAGCUUGACGGGAAAUGUAAGCUUAACGUAUAUGUGCCUCAAACUAACCAACAAAUUUUGACCGAGUUCUAUGUUACAAGUGGGAGAGCAGUGACGUUGCUUGGUCGCAAAGCGUCUCAAACGUUGGGACUGUUAAAAAUCGGGGUAUCUCUGCAUAUUUCAACAGAAAGAAAAGCUGUCCUUAAAGCAAAGUUCCCCAAAGUUUUUCGAGGACUUGGUAAACUUAAGGGAUAUCAGUUAAAAUUCCACAUUGAUCCUGAAGUAGAACCCGUAGCCCAGCUUGUACGUAGAAUACCAUUUAGUCGCAGACCCAAAGUUGUACAGAAAAUAGAAGAGCUCGUCGAACUUGACGUAAUAGAAAAAGUAGAGGGUCCAACUAGCUGGGUUAACCCAUUAGUCGUAGUAGAAAAGCCAAAUGGGGACGUAAGAAUUUGUUUAGAUAUGAGACGUGCGAACAAGGCGAUCAAGAGAGAGAAACAUCCAGUUCCUACAGCAGAAGAAAUCUUACAAGAAAUCUCGGAAGCAAAGGUCUUCACCAAAUUAGACCUUAAUAUGGCGUUCCACCAAAUUGAGUUGCACCGAGACUCGAGGGACAUAACCACAUUCGCGGCGCCAAACGGUUUAUAUCGAUACAAGAGGUUGAUCUUCGGGGUGAAUAUGGCAACAGAGAAGUUCCAGAAUAUCAUUUGGCAAGUCAUCAAAGAUUGCCCAGACGCAUACAACAUCCAUGAUGAUCUUCGUGUCGUUGGCGCUACUGACAAAGAACACGACGAGAAUCUAGAAAGAGUGAUGAGGAAAUUGGAAGAAAAUGGUCUCACGCUGAAUUAUGAGAAGUGUGAAGUCGGCGUCAACGAGAUGGUUUACAUGGGAGACGUUUUGUCUGGGGAUGGUCUACAACUCUCAGAAAAACGAGUCAAAGCUAUUGUCGACGCGCCAGAACCCAAGAACCAGUCGGAAAGUUUCCUUGGCUCAUCGCAGUUCUGUGCAAAGUUUAUCCAGAAUUUUGCAACCGUGUCGAGUCCUUUAUGGGAUCUCACGAAGAAAGGUGCCAAGUGGAAGUGGGGAGAGAGAGAAAGUCGAGCUGUUCGCGAAAUUAAAGAAAAGUUAACGUGUGCUCCAGUGUUGGCCUACCAUCGACGAGAUGCGAAGACACGGCUGAUAACUGAUGCUUCACCUGUGGGUCUUGGAGCUGUAUUGGAGCAAGAGCAGGAAGAUUCAACCUUCAAGCCAAUCUACUAUGCAAGUCGAAAGCUCAGUAACGUUGAACGGCGGUAUUCCCAAUUUGAAAGAGAGGCGUUAGCUGUUAGGUGGGCCUGCGAGAAGUUCUACCUUUAUCUAUAUGGAAUCGAGUUUGAAGUCUGUACCGAUCAUAAGCCUUUAGUCAUUGUACUCGGAGAGAAGUCGAGACUACCUUCGGCGAGAAUAGAGAGAUGGGUUUUAUACCUGCAGCAGUUCCAAUACAAGCUCACAUAUAUUCGAGGUAAAGACAACCCCGCAGACUCCAGCCGCCUACCAGUAGACUCAGCAGCAAAUAUUGAUGCUAUAGACACGGAAGACUUUGCUUACAGCGUAGCGAAUGGAGCGAUGCCAGUUGCAUUAGCAUCAAGAGAAGUAGAACAUGCUUCAGAAAGCGACGCGACUUUAAAGUUAGUUUGCCAAGCAGUGGUGACUGGUGAUUGGAGUUCUUUACGAGGAACCAAAUACAAGACGUUGAAAGAUGAGUUCUGGAUUAUUGGCCAAGUUGUAAUGCGAGGGAGCCGAAUAGUUAUGCCAGAGAGUCUUUGGAAGCGAACUGUUGAGUUGGCUCAUGAAGGACACCAAGGAAUUGUUCGUACAAAGUCCAGAUUGCAAGAGAAAGUUUGGUGGCCGAAAAUCGACAAGCAGGUAGAAGAUUAUGUGCAUUCAUGUCAUCCCUGCCAAUCGUGGGUGGUUCCAAACCGAAGCCAGAACCGAUUAGAUCGACCAAAUUGCCUGAAUCUCUGUGGAAAGACAUUUCAGUUGACCUUCUCGAAAUAA